AUGUCCGGAAGUAAAGGUAAAAGAACAAAGAAGCCGCUUGAAAAAAAUAUACUUCCCCAGAAGAAAAAUAAAAGAGAAGUUGAUGUAGAAGAAAUUGAGCUAGAUUUGGAUUCCAGGGAUGCUUCUACGCUUUUCGAUGAAUUAGAUGAAAUACCCGCUAACGGAAGAGAUUCGGAAAGUGUCUCAAGCAGAUAUGUUUUCCUUGAUCCAGUAACACCCGAUAACCUAAAGAAGAGAAAUAAGAGAAAUUCAAAUUUAUUCAUUCGUUACCGUAAAGAAAUGAUGAAAAAUAAAUUAACUACUGUGAAUCAUUUGGAAUUUAACAAAAUAUUUGCAAACGAUUUGAAAAGUAUGCCAGAAAGCGAAAAAGAUUAUUUAAGAAGAGAAUACCAUCUAAAAACACAAUUAUCAAACGCUGGUCAAAUUAGCGAAAGCUCAGGCUCUAAACCUUCGAAGGCGGCAGUUGAUCUAUUCAAUCAGUAUCAAACAUUACCCAACGCAAAGAACGAAGAACAUAACAGUAAUACUAUAUUUUAUUAA